AUGCCCGCAAAGUCACUCAUCAAGUUUCAGUGUGUGUCCAAUCAUUGGCUCUCCCUCAUCUCCGACUCCAACUUUGCUAUCAACCACACCCGCCGUAAUCCCACUCCACUGGUCUCCGGCAUAUACGUACAUUCCCAUUGGUGCCAUACCCCACCCUUAAACGACCAAGUUUUGCCUGUCUCCGUGGCCGGCCACUGCCGCAAUAGUCUCCCGACAUUCUCCUUUCUCGACCGUGCUUUAUCAACAUCUACAGCAACUGUAACCGUAACUGACUCUUCCAAUGGCUUGAUGUUGUGUUGCGAUGGAGAUGGGAAUUAUAUUGUUUGUAAUUUAACCACCCAAAAGUUCAUACAACUUCCCAAACCUAAUGACAUUAUAUCUGAAUGGUGGUCUCAGUAUUAUCCUUACUUGGUUUUUGAUCCUACAAAAUCACCUCAUUACAAGGUUGUGUUACAUAGUAAUUCUGAUUACCCUAAUGCUUCCCGAUUGGCUAUAUACACUUCUGAAUGUGCGUCUUGGAAGUAUGUGGAUCUCGUACCUUCAAUUGACUCCGGACGUAGUGCCAUUUUGAAUGGAGCAAUUAUUUGGAUGAGUUGCAAGGAUUGGAAGGGGAAUUGCUCGAGGCACGAGCACGUUUACUCUCGACUGGACGUGGAUGCAGAGAAGCUGGCAGUUACUCGAGUGUCUUCAGACCCUAAUCUUUCGAAAUACACACUUUAUUUCGGAGAAUGUGGUGGCCGUUUGCUUCUUAUUCAACUGCCUACUCAUGAUGCUACCGAAUUUAGCAUCCUUGAGAUGGACACAGAUGCCUUUUGCUGGAUUCUCAAGGACCGGGUAGAUUUUACGUCCUUAAUAUUGCCAUAUAAAAGUAGUUGCGUAAUUUCGGUGAUAAGCAUUGUGAAAGGAACAAAGGAAAAUGAUCUCGCAGUAGUGUUCUACAACCGGGGCAAAGUCAUUUCCUGUAAUCUUGAGUGUAGGACAAUGAACGUGAUAUGUGAGUUGUCCCCAGAUGAAAUUACAAGUUUUGCACGAAGGGGACUUUACGAAUACUCUACUCAAUUCAUUGAAAGCCUGUCACCUGUUUGA